AUGAGAAUAGACGCUAAAACUUCAAAGAUUUUAUCUCAAGCAUAUUUGAUAGUUUCAUGUUGCUUUGUGCUCUUUGCUCUUGGGUUAGUUGGAAGUUUAUAUAUUCCUAUUGUUUUGAGUUCAUUGAUUUCUUUAAUUGGAGUUUUUCCAACAAUUAUUAUGUGUUGUACUCAAUCACCAAAGUUAAAGGUUUGUUUAAUGUCUUUUAGUGCUCUUACAGCUGGAUUUGGUGCUGGUGCAUUUUGUAUUUCUCAUGGUCUUGAUUGUAGUGAAAUUGUGUUUUGUGCACUUGCCACUACUCUUGCUUUUGUAUCAACUACAAUUGUCUCUCUUCUCACAACAGAAUUAACAUUAUUAUAUACUUUUAUGGGUAUUAUCUCUUCAAUUGUAUAUAUUCCUUUAACUAUAUGGUACGUAUUUUCUUGGGGACUUACUGCUGCUUACAUUUUUAUUUCAGUUUCAGUAAUUAUGUCAAUUCUAUUCCUAAUAAUAGAUACUCAGUCAAUUAUUAGGGCAAUUGAAGCUGGGGUUGAUGACCCAUUCAUUCUUGCUUGGACUCUCUUUGUGGACGCUUUUGACUUGUUUAUGUACCUUGCUAAACUUAUGAUUGUUAUGUCCAAAAAACGUGAUGACGAUAAGUAA